CGCCGGGGCGGGAGGAUGAGAGCGCUGGCAGCGUGCGCAGGCACAAAGGCCCCCCCCGUUCUCGGCAUCUCUCCUGAAGGGAUGGAGAACUCGUCGGUGGCAUCGGCCUCCUCGGAGGCGGGGAGCAGCCGCUCUCAGGAGAUCGAGGAGCUGGAGCGUUUCAUCGACAGCUACGUCCUAGAGUACCAGGUCCAGGGGCUGCUGACAGAUAAAACGGAAGGGGAUGGCGAGAGCGAGAAGACGCAGUCCCACAUCUCGCAGUGGACAGCGGAUUGUAGCGAGCAGCUUGAUGGCAGCUGUUCCCCAUCCCGAGGGAAGGGCUCGUCGUCUCACGAACACAAUCAGGAAGACUGGGAUCACAGCAGCAGUGGGAGUGCAGGAUCCCGGCCGGGGUCGGGCUCCAGGUGUGGGUCUGGAUCCAGGUCUGGCAGCCGCGGGAGAAGCAGCCAGUUCAGGCAAUCGACCAAGAAUGGCAACAAGGAGAGCUCCCUUGACAUGCUGGGCACGGACAUCUGGGCUGCCAACACCUUUGACUCCUUCAGUGGUGCGACGUGGGACUUGCAGCCUGAAAAACUAGAUUUCACCCAAUUUCACAGGAAGCUGCGAAACACCUCCAAACACCCGCUGCCUCAAAUAGACAGAGAAGGGCUUGGAAAAGGGAAAUACGAGGACGGUGACGGCAUCAACUUGAAUGACAUAGAGAAAGUCCUUCCAGUGUGGCAGGGUUACCAUCCAUUGCCUCAUGAAGCUGAAAUUGCACACACCAAAAAACUGUUCAGAAGGAGGAGAAACGACCGGAGGCGACAGCAGAGACUUCCCGGUGGGAACAAGUCUCAGCAGCACGCAGAUCAUCAGCAAGGUGGCACCAAACACAACAGGGACCACCAGAAACUCUACCAAGGAGGCCAGGCCCCUCACUCCUCAGGCAGGACAGGCCACCACGGCUACAGCCAGAACCGGAGAUGGCACCACAACCAGAAGCACUCGCCCAACGACAAAGAAACACACAGAAACGCCAAAGAGACUGAGAAUUUGAAAAUCGAGGACACCUCCAUCUGCACAGUGCAUAUUCCCGUGGAGACGCACCGGGGCCCAGAGGCUGUGGAGAAGCAGUCUCAGCAGUACAUCCAGGAGUUGGAGACCAAGCGGAAAGACAGUAUUCACGAGCGCAUUGGGGAAAGACCCAAGAUCAAUUUGCUUCAGUCUUCCAAAGACAGGCUGCGGAGGAGACUAAAAGAAAAGACGCCUUGUCUUUCCCUUUUCACGGACCAGGACGAAGUCACGGUGGAAACCACCAAUCCCGAAAAGAACAAAAUGGACAAAUUAAUUGAAAUCCUCAACAGCAUGAGGAACAACAGCAGCGACGUUGACUCCAAGCUCACCACCUUCAUGGAGGAGGCCCAGAAUUCUACCAACUCUGAGGAGAUGCUGGGGGAGAUAGUCAAGACCAUCUACCAGAAAGCGGUGACGGAUCGCAGCUUUGCUUCCACAGCAGCCAAGCUCUGUGACAAAAUGGCGCUCUUCAUGGUGGAAGGAACCAAAUUCCGGAGUCUGCUCCUCAACAUGUUGCAGAAGGAUUUCACCAUGCGGGAGGAGUUGCAGCAGCGGGAUGUGGAGCGCUGGCUGGGGUUCAUCACCUUUCUCUGCGAAGUCUUCGGCACCAUGAGGAGCAGCACCGGAGAGCCCUUUCGAGUCCUUGUCUGCCCCAUUUAUACCUGCCUCAGGGAGUUGUUGCAAUCUCAGGAUGUGAAGGAAGACGCUGUGCUUUGCUGCUCCAUGGAGCUGCAGAGCACCGGCCGGCUGCUGGAGGAGCAGCUGCCCGAGAUGAUGACGGAGCUGUUGGCGAUAGCACGCGACAAGAUGCUGUGUCCUUCCGAGUCCAUGCUGACGCGGUCCCUGCUGCUGGAGGUCAUCGAGCUGCACGCCAACAACUGGAACCCCCUGACGCCCACCAUCACGCAGUACUACAACAAGACCAUCCAAAAACUGACGGCUUGAGGGGCAGGGCAAGGUGGGGUGGGAAGGGACGAGAAGAAGACAUGCACCUUGACGGGAUCCGGCGAGAGCUUUUCCGAUUCAAAUCCCCCAGCAGACCAAAACCCCAGCAUGCUCGAGAAUACGUUCGUGGGGUGGGGAGGGAGAAGCAUGUUUCUUUUUCAGCCGCGUCGCCGAGUGCCCCCCCUCUUCCCCGCCGUGGUUUUGUUUCUUUUUCUGAACUCAUUGCUCAAGCAGCAGCAACGCAUCCCGCCGGGUUAUUGUUUGGCUUUCGAAAGAAGACGGAGAAUUUGGGGGGAAAGAAAAAAACCAACACAAAUCCAAGUGGGGGCUAGUAUUGUUUUUACGCCGUCCUCCUGCCUUGCCCCGGCCAACUGGCAGGAGACAGCAGGCAGCAGAUGUCUCGGGAGGACAAAGCCAGACACACACUACACCAGACGCUCAUAAUUGAUGGCUUUUGUCGAGCGGGGCUUGCGUUAGGUUCCCCCCCCCUUCCCUCUUGUCUUCAACUUUCUGUGUGUGUCCCCCUACUCGCCACCCCUUCGAGAGCAGAUCGGAGAGCGGGACGACUUUCUUAUUUGCACUGGGUUUUCUUUUUCUCGGGCGUUUGUAUUUUCUUCUUAUUUUAUUGUAUCGUUGAACGGACAAUUGCGGGCAGCUCGGAGGCGGGGAAAGCAACGCCUUCCCGCGAGCUGACUAAUGGUUUACGUGAAGAUGCUGAAGCGGAAGGAGUAUUUUAAAGGAGUCCAAAAGCCACUGCAGAAGUAACAUAGCCACCAUCGUCUUGCCAGCGACCUCCUCGAUGGAUUGAGAAACGUGUCCUCUGAGCUGGGAGCUCUGAGAAACAGGGGAUUCUGUGGCUCUUGCUGUUCAAGUCACCGUUUAUCCCUCAGCCACUAUAACCCCUUUAUUUUUUUUGUAAGAAUUUUUUUUGUUUCCAUUGAAGGAGUGCUUUAUUGUAAUUACUGUCAUGGUUGUAAUUAUACAUUUAAAUCCAGGCCUGUUAUAGUCGGGCCUAAUAAUGUACAGGGCGAGGGAGAAAUGAAGGUUUGAUGUUCUUCUUUGGAGACUGGUAAAGAGAAGACAAGCAAUGUAUGGCAAAAAGGAGGAAAAAAGAAGAGGAAAAAAUAGGAAAAGCCAAAAAUAGAGGUUUUGAGCCUGGCUUCUAACUAGCUGAAUUUGCUAUCCAGUGUUUCUAGGUGUGCGGUGUACAGGAGCGGCUCUGUCCCAUGGUUUGUGUAAGUGGCACCGUGUCCUCGAGGGAUGGGUGAUGUGUUCGGAGGG